CAGGGGAUGAACAAUCAGUACGUCCGCCGGGAGGUCUUCUGCCGGAAUACCUGUCACGAGCUCAAGCACUUCUGGGAAAGGGAAAUAGGCAAACAGACUUACUACCGAGAAUCAGAGGAACGUCGCCUGGGAAGAAGCGCACUGAGAAAGCUAAGAGAAGAAUGGAAGCAGAGACUGGAAACCAAGCUGAGGCUUCGGAACAACCCAGAUGAGUCUGAAAAGCAGGCAAAUGUUGACCGAGAGCUUCUUCCUUCACUGACACAAGAGGAUACAAAGCACUGA